CUUUCCCUUGUUCCGACCUCCUCCUCUAUUUCUUCCUUCUUCAUUGCCUUCCUUGGUGCCUUCGGAAAUAAUAAUUUCUUGCCUUCCGCUCCCUCGAAGGCUCAAACGCUAACCCUAACCCUAAUCGAUCCGGCAAAGAGGGAGGCGGGAGAGAUCCGCCUCACGCAUCUGGAUUCAAUUCUCCGGUAUCAGGGUUCCUGGAUUUUUUUUUCCUCUUUUGAAACCCUAAACAUCUACGGCGAUGGAUGGGAACAAAGACGAGGCUUUGAAAUGCCUGCGGAUCGGAAAAGAAGCCUUGCAGAUGGCGGAUCGAACCCGUGCCGUUAAAUUCCUAACCAAAGCCCGCCGCCUCGAUCCCUCUCUUCCGAUCGAUGAUCUCCUAUCCGCUGCUGUGGAUGGAGAAUCCAGUGACGCUGCCCCGCCGGAUGGUGCUGCUGCUCCUGGUAACCCCGGCGAAGCACCCGAGACGCCAACCGCAGGCUCUGCUUCGGCCUCCUCUUCCUCUACUGCUAGGACUGCGGCGAAAACUUCUUCUGAGGGUUCUUCGAGGGCUUACACAGAGGAGCAGAUAACUAUCGUCCGGCAAAUCAAGAUGAAGAAGGAUUACUAUCAGAUCUUGGGGUUGGAACGCAGUUGCGCCGUGGAGGAUGUGCGGAAGGCAUACCGAAAACUAUCCCUGAAGGUCCACCCGGAUAAAAACAAGGCACCUGGUGCCGAGGAAGCCUUUAAGUUAGUGUCUAAGGCUUUCCAGUGCCUUAGCAAUGAAGAGAGCAGGAAAAGGUAUGAUCUUGUUGGGUCCGAGGAGCCUACUUACAAUAGGGCUGCUGCACGGCGCCAUGCUCAUGGCUUCGAUGGAUUUUAUGAUGCUGACGUCGAUGCUGAGGAAAUCUUUAGGAACUUCUUCUUUGGAGGAAUGGCUCCGGCGGCUGCUCCUUUUGGCUUCCAAUUUAGAGCCGGCGGCAUGGGUGGCCCAAGCUUUCACCAGACACAGGGGGAUGGUAGUUUCAACCUCCGUGCUCUGAUUCAGAUCCUGCCUGUUAUUAUUCUGAUUCUGUUGAACUUCCUGCCGUCCAAUGAUCCUGUGUAUUCGUUAUCUCGCUCAUAUCCUUAUGAGCACAAAAUUAUGACGGCAAGAGGCGUGCCCUAUUUUGUCAAGCCAGCAAAGUUUGAGCAAGAGUACCCGCACCAAAGCUCAGAACGUGCUUCUCUGGAGCGUCAUGUUGAAAGGGAUUAUUUUACAAUCCUUUCACAGAAUUGUCGAGUUGAGCUGCAGCGGCGGCAGUGGGGUCUAUCAAGCCAGACACCUAACUGCGACACACUUCGGAAGUUUGAAGAAACAGCAUCUUAAUGUCAUCAUCUCAAGGGGUUCUGGUGCUGCUAUUCAGAAUCCAUGGUUAUUAGAGGGUUAAGAACUGACAGUUUGGAGAUUUGGUUUGGAGAGGUUUAUUCAGGGUUGUCUCCUUUAUUAUAUGCUUGGGGAUUAUAAUUCCCUUUUCCUGGAAGUCAUGCUUCUACAUCGCAGGGAGAGUUCUCAACAACCAUGUGGCCUUUGUCAUUUAAUUUGAGAUUUUAGCAAUCAAGUGGUUAGAUGUUUUUAUGAACAUUGAGUAAAUUGUGUGGUAAUAAAGCCGUCAAUGGCUUGAUUGUGAAGUAUGAUAUGCGGAUGCGAAUGGUCUUAUUGGCCAACUUUUACCUCACCUGAAACUCAUGCCGUAUGAACAAUUAUGAUCAACCGAGCAGGUUCAAGGUUGUUCCAGCAGGGAUUUAAUUGGAUUUUUUGAUCAAUAAAAAUCAUGAUAUCUUCUGCUGCA